AUGUCCACCCCCGCCACAAAUAACAAGACAAAUAAUGUCGCACUUGUGUUCGGCGCAAGCGGGAUCUCCGGCUGGGCCGUCGCCAAAAACCUUCUCUCCUAUCUGGACUCCACGAACUUUGCGGGGGAAUCUGGAGCAGCAAAUUCAAAUGCCACUGCAUAUAAAGAAAAUGUGAUGGAUAUCAAGGCGAUUAAUGUCCGUAUGACAUAUAAUGCUGUGCAUGCGGUGGAUAAGCUUUGCUCGGGCUUGAAGUUUUUCGUCUUGCGGACAGGAACGAAUGAGCUGAAGUUUCCUUUCCCAGCACCUUCAGAAAUUAUACCUACACAUCCACCGACUCCUCCCAGAGCGCUCAGCAAAGCUAAAAUCUACCUAUCAGUCGUAACCCCAGAGUCUGCAAACAAACAAGCUUUCAACGUCGCAGGCACGUCUGAUCCCGGGUCUUGGUCGCGCAAGUGGCCGAUUCUGGCAGAAUACUUCGGUCUCAAGGGAACUGCACCUCAGGAAGACGCUUGGAGCGAGCUUGAGAUCUGGUGGACCGGGCAUCAAACCGAUUAUCUCGCUAUGUGUCACGAGUACGGACUAUGUGCGCGUAGGAUUCCACCCGAAUGCUGGGCCCUCGUGAAAGCGGGUUUCACGUUACUGGAUAGGAACAGGGAGAUGAGUCUCGAUAAAAUCCGUGGGGUCGGGUUCACUGAGAAACUGGCGGUCGGCGAGGGCCAUUGUGUGGUUUUUGAUCGGUUGAAAGAAACCAGGUUUAUUCCAGCAUUCUCUUCGUUUAUCUAA